CCGUCACAGUUACGCACGGAGCAACGCCGCGCUGCGAUUGGAAAAUAUUUUCGGGGCUGCUGGUCGCUUUAAGUUCCUCCCAUCCGCUCGUCAGCUGCCUGCCAGCCAGAGGUUACACUACUCCAGCAGCAAAUAUGUGAUUUAUCCACACGCAGAACGCUACAGCUCCGCUAUUAGGUUCCACAUUUGUGCGCCUCCGACCGCAAACUGCCGCCGCCGCUGAAGCGUCUAUGCGCCGCCGCAGCUGCUGUGUUGUGAAGGUCUGCUGAGGAGGUUUCUGGACGGGACAGCGGAGCAUCGAUUGAGGUCAACCGCUCGCCGCCUCCCCGCCCAGAGAUGCUGCCCUGCCUGCGGACCGUCCUGCGGCCUGCCUUCUCCCUCCGAGCCGGGACUGGGGUGGCCUCAGCUGGGCUCAGGAGCCACCAGGCGUCCCCGCCGCUGUCCGCGCUGGUGCAGCGGUGUCACCUGGGCACGCACCCGCUGAAGGAGCCCGUGGAGCCGCUGAACUCUCCCCGCGGAGCCAAGGAGUUUAUUUAUAGCCUCCAUCCGUCCGAGCGCACCUGUCUGCUGCGGGAGCUGCACAGGUUCGAGUCCAUAGCCAUCGCUCAAGGUCAGCUGGAAAUCGCACCGCCUACUGCAGCACAGUUAAGAUAUGUUCUGCUGCACAACGCUCUUCCCUUCGUCGGGUUUGGAUUCCUGGACAACUGCAUUAUGAUUGUUGCUGGAACACAGAUCGAGUUAUCCAUCGGCGUCGUCCUCGGAAUUUCAACUAUGGCAGCUGCUGCCCUUGGAAACCUGGUGUCUGAUCUGGCAGGACUCGGGCUGGCAGGUUACGUAGAGGCCUUGGCGUCUCGGCUGGGGAUGCAGAUUCCAGAUCUCAGCCCAAAGCAGGCCGACAUGUGGCAAACCAGAGUCAGCUCUCACUCGGGCAAAGCCAUCGGCGUCGGCAUCGGCUGCAUCCUCGGCAUGUUUCCGCUGCUCUUCUUCAAGGACGAGGACGAGAACAAAGACGGCCAGACGAAGGAGAACGUUCAGCCGCCUCCUGCUCCAACAGAAAGCAGCAAAAACUGAAACUAGCAACCGGCUGGAGACAAAUACUAUUUGGAAUCCGUUCGAAUAUCUGACUGAAUGUGAGUCUUGCCUGGUGGACUGGAGGAGCGUUUAGCCACCUAGCAAGGCUCAGUCACCCUGUCAAAGGUAUUCUGAAGAGGAUUUUAGAUAAUAUUUGACUGUAGACUCUGAACAUAAGCACAGGAAACUGGUCAGGAGACGAGCUUGGACUGCUGCUGCACCGUAUCCUCACCUUGUCAACGGGCAGAAUUUCAUUUGUCCGACACACCCUGAAGUGGCCUCUGCUUGAGUCAGUUCAUGGAACUAAUACAAACCUCUGACUGUAGACGGCCGGCUGACAAAAUAUCCUAAGUUGUGGAACCAAUGCAAAGAAACACUACUAGAGCUCAUUUAGAAAAAAAAAUCUUGUUGAAGGUUUGUUUUCUGUCAGAAAUCUCGAUAGCUACGACUGAACGAAGAGCAGAUUCAGUGUUUAAACAUGCUUUAAAGAGCUUCUCUGUUUCUCCUCAUUCGAUUUUAAUGCAUCGAGGGAAAAUGUGUUUCAGUUUGAGGUCUUAAAAAGUCCUGCUUCAGCUGCAGGCAGUUCAAUAUCUAAUCUGGUAAAUGCUUUUUUAGAUUAUUUAUUGUCUUUAUUUUGUCGUUCAGGAGCUACAUGUUUGCUUGUAGCUCUGCCAAAGCAGCAACAUUCCCCGAUUGUCUCCCAUGUGUGCCGUAUGUAAACAGGUCACUGCAGUCUUAGUCUUUUUAAAGAGCAGUUUGCAGAAGAAAAGAGGAACGAGAGGCCAAGGGAGGAAAAACAUACAAUAUCUGUGGCAGAAAGAUGAAUAACAUCAACAGGGAACCACCUGAGACUUCUGUCCUCCUGAAAUGACCCUCCUCCUCCGCCAAUAUUAGAGGAUUUAUCUCCUGCAGCUCUGCUUUAGCUCGCUGCAGCCAAAGUACAACACAAAACCUACAACUACAUCGAGGAGGGUGGUUAAAGUUUUAUGUUACAUUAUGUGAGAUUUUUGUAAGCCUUUUUUUCAUCCUCUAAAAAAAGCUGUUACCCGUUGUAUGAGCGCACAACUACAGUCGAGCCUUAAAUUAUUCACAUCUAAGCUAAAUUUUGAUUUGUAGUGAAUUUUUAUUUGACCAAUAGGUUUCUCUGGAAGGAAAUGACAUAAAAUGAUGAUUUUUUAAAACAUUUUCAUCUAAAAUAUCAUGCCCAAACAUAUCAAUAACUGCUGAAAUUUUGUUUCUAGGUCAUUUCAAACGAUCCUGUUAAUUUCUGCCAGCAAUCCUGACAGAAAACAUCUAUUUGUUAAAUAGAAAUCUAUUAUACAUCAAAAUUUGGCAAGGAUAUGAAUCCUUUUUGGCUUACCUGUCCAUUUCUUCCUGCACUUUGAUUAUAAAGCCUGUUCUGCUGCCCUCCACUGGUGGAGACACAAAAGAGGUUUUUGUUUUCUUUCAAUGUGAUAGAAAACCUAAAUAAGUCCCUCAUCUGGUUGUAACUCACCUCUUUGCUUCUGAGCAUUAAAACUGCCCAAGUUUAGCUGCUAAUUUAUCUCUAUAUGAUUAUAUUUAUUUCUCAUUUUGACAUACAAACAAGGAAAUUUGCAAGUUUUAUUGUCACGUGCUUGGCUCAUCUCAGCAGCUGCACUCAAGAUUUUAUUCUGAAGUGAAAGGAAGCAAACAGCAUUUUUUUUUUUUUGCUGUAGCACUCGGAUUUGCAUUCAUGUCUGUUCUCGACGUUUACUUGCUUUAGCUCAGAGGACGAUAUUAAGAGUAGAAAGUAUUUAUCAGCACAAAAUCCAUGUUAGCGAGCGUAAUUUCCUCAGAAGGGACCUUGCAGCUGAUAAACAUGUUCUGAAAACACUUUCAUAGGAGACUUACUCUGUAUAUGAUGUUAUUUACUAUGUGGGAAACAGUGAUACUAAAGAGUGAUAAAAAUGAAGAAAAAUGUAUAGAGGAAUAAGAUAAAUAUGUAGUUAGGAUUUUUGAUCUGAUUGCUUGAUUUCCACAUUGCAUGCACUACUAAUAAAAAGUACCAAUAAUAAAAAAUGUUGUAAGGUCAUGCAUCACUGAUUAAGAGGUUAAUACAGGUAACUCAGGCUGGAUUAACAUGCAAAAGAUCAGAUUUUUGACUCUAAAAAAAUGUAUUUUUAUGACUGUUAAAAAGCACAAGGAGUCCAUUCAGACACCUAAUAAUGUAUGUUUGAAAACAGGAUUUAAAAAUAGGUAUAAGAGCUUCUGCAGAGUGGAGAUACGGACGCUGUAUGUGGUGGUUUUUGCAUAAAAAGUAGCAGAAUAUUAUGAGAAAACAGCAUCUUGAUGGGCAACGUGCUGACAGUAAUGGUUUUCAGUAAUCCUGGCAAUUUGCCUCCUUGAAUUGCAUCAUAAAUUGCCUGUUUGGAGGCUUUAAGACCAUCUUCAGACUGUAGAAAAACAUAAUGUGUCCAAAUCUAGUAGCAUGAAGCUGUUAUGAAUUCACUUUAACGAUGUCAUUAAACUUAUUUGGUUUUUAAAAGGAAGGAAACCAAGAUCGACAGCUCACAGAAGCUCCUCAUCUUGAAUUGUUGUGAAUUUAUCUUUUGAAAUCAGAUGAAGAUGAUUCAAAAAAGCACAUUAAAAUAAUCAGUUAAACGCAGCAUGAUGUAGGCAAAUGCAUGCAAAGAAAACAACCCGUUUUUCUCGAUGUCUCCUGGUAUUUUAAGUUGCAAGGUUUUGUGCAAACAGAAGCAGAAGAUGAGAUAAAAUCAUUAUUAUACCUGCUGGAAGUUCCCUCUAGUCCUUCAAACUCAAAUUCAGACAUUAAAAUCUGACAUUAAAUGGGAAUUUCACUGAUAUGCACCAAAAGAACAGACAGAUAUUCUGCAUAACGGGUUAAAAACCUGAUUCCUCCCAGUGUGUUUUAGCAGCAAUGUUAAUGUGACUGUAGGGACGACUUGAUUUUGUGACACGGCGCUGAAAAGUUCAUUUGCUGCUUUUGUCAAGGCUUCUUAAAUAUGUGCUGUGUACAUAUGUUAAAAGAAAAUAAAUUAAAAAUACUCGGAUAAAUAUCAUGUAGAAGAGCUGAGUGCAGGAGUUUGUCUCCGUGUGAUGUUUGAGUUUAUCUGCUUUGAUUAAAGUGGCUGCAAACA